AGAAGCUCUGACACUUCAGACAGGAGUUCUGUGCCCUCAGGAAUGGACUGGAAUAAUUCUCAGGUAUCUAGUGAAUAACUACAGUACCAGAUACCAGGGAGAAUUUACAGUUUUGCUGAAACAUCCUCCAGGACGCUGCACCACCACAAACAAUGGAGGCCAGCAGGAAGCUCCCUUGCAGACAAAGGCAAGUCACUUUUUUCUUUUUCCUAUUAGGAUUGUCUCUGGCAAGUGCCGGGGAACUGAGGCGCUAUUCUGUGGUGGAGGAAAGGGAGGGUAGGUCCUUUGUAACCAAUUUAGUAAAUGACCUAGGUCUCAGGGAGCUUGAGUUCUCCAGACGAGGGGUUAAGGUCGUUUCGAAAGGGAACAAACUACAUUUGCAGCUGGAUCAGGAGACGGGGGAUUUGCUACUAACUGAGAAAGUGGACCGGGAGGAACUGUGUGAGCACACAGAGCCAUGCCUGCUGCGUUUCCAAGUGCUGCUUGACAAUCCCUUAGAUAUUUUUCAAGCUGAGCUGGAAGUUACAGACAUAAACGACCAUUCUCCAGCAUUCUUGGACAAAGAAAUCAUGCUAAAGAUAUCAGAAAGCAGUCUUCCUGGGACUACAUUUCCUCUGAAGAAUGCUCAGGACAUGGAUGUGGGUCAAAAUGGCAUUGAUAACUACCUUGUCAGUUCCAAUUCCUAUUUCCACGUGCUUACUCGAAAACGCAGCGAUGGCAAGAAAUAUCCUGAGCUGGUUCUAGACAGAGCAUUGGACAGAGAGGAGGAAGCUGAGCUCAGGCUAAUCCUCACAGCGCAGGAUGGUGGCUCUCCACCUAGGUCUGGCACCACUGAGGUCCAUAUUGAAGUCCUGGACAUCAAUGACAAUGCCCCCCAAUUUGAGCAGCUUUUUUAUAGGGUACAGAUCCCUGAGGAUAGUCCAAUAGGCUUUCUGAUCACCACUGUCUCGGCUACAGAUAAGGACAUAGGAGUCAAUGGAGAGAUCUCCUAUUCACUUUUCCAGGCUUCAGAUGAUAUUAGCAAAACCUUUUCGAUCCAUCCCUUGACAGGGGAAGUGCGAUUGAAAGAACAACUUGAUUUUGAAAAGACUCAGUCCUAUGAAGUCAAUAUUGAGGCUAGAGAUGCUGGAACCUUUUCUGGAAAAUGCACAAUUCUGACCCAAGUCAUGGAUGUGAAUGACCACGCUCCAGAGAUUAUCCUGUCUGCGUUUACCAAUCCCAUCCCGGAGAAUUUGCCAGAAACUAUGGUGGCAGUUUUUAGCGUUUCUGAUCUAGAUUCAGGAGAAAACGGAAAAACAAGCUGUUCCAUUCAGGAUGAACUACCCUUCUUCCUAAAGACUACUGGGGAAAACUUUUACACGCUAUUAACACAAAAACCACUGGAUAGAGAGACUAUAGCCGAGUACAACAUCACCAUCACAGUCACUGACAUGGGCACACCCAGGCUCACAACCCAGCACACCAUAACAGUGCAGGUCUCUGAUGUCAACGACAACGCCCCCGCCUUCACACAAACCUCCUACACCCUGUUUGUCCAGGAGAACAACAGUCCCGCCAUGCACAUAGGCACCAUCAGUGCCACGGACUCAGAUUCAGGCUCCAAUGCCCACAUCACCUACUCGCUCCUGCCCAUCCACGACCCGCAGCUUGCCCUCAACUCGCUCAUCUCCAUCAAUGCCGAAAAUGGGCAGCUGUUCGCUCUCAGGGCGCUGGAUUACGAGGCCCUGCAAACCUUCGAGUUCCACGUGGGCGCCACAGACCAAGGCUCUCCUGCGCUCAGCAGCCAGGCGCUGGUGCGAGUGCUGGUGCUGGACGCCAACGACAAUGCGCCCUUCGUGCUCUACCCGCUGCAGAACGCCUCUGCGCCCUGCACAGAGCUGCUGCCCAGGGCGGCAGAGCCUGGAUACCUGGUCACCAAGGUGGUGGCAGUGGACCGCGACUCGGGACAGAAUGCCUGGCUGUCCUUCCAGCUGCUCAAGGCCACGGAGCCCGGGCUGUUCAGCGUGUGGGCACACAAUGGCGAGGUGCGCACCUCCAGGCUGCUGAGUGAGCGCGAUGCUCCCAAGCACAGGCUGCUGCUGCUGGUCAAGGACAAUGGAGAUCCUCCAAGGUCUGCCAGUGUCACUCUGCAUGUGCUGCUAGUGGAUGGCUUCUCUCAGCCCUACCUGCCUCUGCCAGAGGUAGCGCGCGACCCCGCCCAGGAUGAGGACUUGCUCACUCUGUACCUGGUCAUUGCUUUGGCUUCUGUGUCUUCUCUCUUCCUGUUGUCUGUGCUGCUGUUUGUGGGGGUUAGACUGUGCAGGAGGGCCAGGGCGGCCUCUCUGGGUGGCUGCUCUGUGCCUGAGGGACACUUUCCUGGCCACCUGGUGGAUGUCAGCGGGGCAGGGACCCUGUCCCAGAGCUACCAGUAUGAGGUGUGCCUGACUGGAGACUCUGGGACAGGUGAGUUCAAAUUCCUGAAACCAAUUUUACCUAAUUUCCAAGACCAUCCUCUUGGACCAGAAAUGGGAGGAAAUUCCAACUGUAGUAACGACUUGGGUUUCGGCAUUCAGUUAAAAUAACUAUUUGUUUUGUUUUGUUUUUAACAAGGGUAGUGCUUUUUUGGUUGUUGUUUUUGGGGGGGUUGUUUUUUUUUUUUUUUUGAAACUCAAGCCACUGUUCUUGCUGUGCCCAUUUUGAAAGUUUGAAGCACGCUGAAAACUUGUUUUCAGGAUAUUCUGGCCAUGGUUUUAGUGAGAGUAUCUGGUCUUUUCUCCAGAGUGGAAGAUGAAAUGUUCUAGUCUUGUCUCUCUAACGUGUCACUAGUUGUACAAAUCCUUGUUCUACGAUAGCUUAGGAAUGAAUAUCCAAGAGAAGAGAUGGAAAAUCAGUUCAACCCAAUCAGAUGCGGUUUAGUGUGUGUUCUGUUCCCAGUUGUGAGCCAUCGAGAACAUACUCCAUGGCAUUGCUCAAACGCCUCGAAAUCUAAUCAGAAAGGGGGAAAGAGGAGGCGCUGGCUUGUGCUUUAUUCGGCCUCCACUGGACUAACUUCUUUGUUGGUGUUUUCUCUUUAAAAUGUUACAUAGCUGCAUGGCUCUUCUUUUGCCCGUUAUUGUUUUUAAUAUCACGAUUUUAAACUGCUUUCCACUGUGCUUUGCUGGUGUUGAGGGUUCAGAAAGUUGCCUUAUUUACCUGGUAAGCUGAAAUAGCAUGGCAGUAAAACUGACUUUUCUCUUCUGAGAAAUGUUGGCCAGGGAAAAAAACUUCCUGACAAUAUUCAUUCUUUCUCCGCCAUGCCCCCCUUCUUCACUGUCGGAUUUCAAAUUCCAUUCUGGCUAUUUGUAUGCUUAGUCAAAAGAAUACAUUUUCACAGUCUUCUUUGGCAAAUAGAUCUGGGCACAUGGCUGGGGUAUAGUGAGAUGUAAAAAGAAGCUUCCAAAGCCUUUCAGUUGAGGAUAAACCCAGGGCCCCAUGCAUGCUAAGUAAGGACGGUAUCACUGAUAUAGGACUGCAAACCUCCAAGAACAUUUUCAAAAGGAGAUAUCUCACCUGACAGGGGAUUCCCACCUUUUCAACACUUUAAUUUGGUUCUCAACUUGUGGAUCUCGACACCUCUGGGGUCGUAUAGUAUAUCAGAUAUCCUGCCUAUCAGAUAUAUACAUUAAUAUUCAUAACAGUAGCAAGAUUACAGUUAUGAAGUAGCAACAAAAUAAUAUUAUGGUUGGAGGAUCACCACACAAGAAACUCCAUUAAAUUGUCAUGGCAUUAUUAAGAAGGUUGAGAAUCACUGCUUUAAAACUGUGUUCUCCCUGGGAUGUGUAUGGUAUGAUGAGUGCACAUGUAGGAUCUAUGAUAGGAAUGGUGGGCUGAAAUAGUACAGAAUGAACUUAAUAGAGAUGGGGUCCUGGAUGACUCAGGAGUUCUCAUAUUAUUCCCUCUGUUGCCAAUUUCUAGUUGCACAUAGAUGUGUCUGCAUGUGGGUAUGUACAUAUGGGUUCAGGUACCCUCAGAGGCAUUAGAUCUCUUUGAUCUGGAGUCACAAAGAGCCCUGAGCUGCCUAUCCUGGGUUCUGAGAACCAAAUUCAGGUCCUCUACAAAAGCAACAAGUACUCUUAACCACAGAGCAGUCUCUCCAGUCCCUACAUUUAUUAUGUUUUAAAUCUUUUCAUAAACCCCCUAUGUGAGUUAGCAAUUAUUCUCUCUCUCUCUCUCUCUCUCUCUCUCUCUCCUCUCUCUCUCUCUCUCUCUCUCUCUCUGUGUGUGUGUGUGUGUGUGUGUGUGUGUGUGUGUGUGUGUGUGUUUAGGAAUACCACCUGUUAUCAAAUGAAGAUAUAUAAAGAUUGCUAUAACAAGAGUUUAGGCCUCAUUGGUUUGAGGAAUCCAGUUAACAACUUCUGGAGCAAUUAGCAAAAAUGAUGAAUUAGUAAGGGUCUCAGUGUCUGUGUAGACUGGAGUUCAAACCCCGAGUCGCACACAUGCUAAAUGUGCUCUAUCACUGAACUUCCUGCUCUGCCCAUUGUGAAUUUUCACUGCAACUCAAUUCGAAUUAUAGAAACAGAAAAUCUAAACAGAAGAAUACAAAGAUUACCCAGGCUUUCAAUAUAGAAUGUAAGCUCUAUCUUUAAAUUUAAAUAGAAUCUAAUAGAAUAAAUUUAAAUUUAUUGUUAAACUGUCACAACUCAAUUAUUGAAUGAUGAACAAUUUAAUUAAAAAUAAGCAAAAACAAGAAUAUUUUCCAAAGACAUGCCCGUGGUUAAUGUGCACCUGAAAAGCUGUACAACAUUGCUCGUCAAAUCAACAUCACAGCAAGAUGCUUGGACCUACCAGGAUGGCGAGGACCAAAGCGUCAGAUCAGUGUUGAGAGGAUGUCAUAAUUUUGAAACCCUGACACACAGCUCAUGAAAUGUAAAAUGCUGCAGCCAUUUUUUAAAACAGCCUGUCAGUUUUUCAAAUGGGUAACAUAGAGCUAUCAUGUGGUAAGCAAUUCAGCUCCUAGAUAAAUAAUAUAUGUUCCAUAAAAUAUGUACAUGAGCUGGGAGGUAGGGCACUUGCUUUUAGG